UUUUUGAAUGGAAUUAGUGAAAUAAAUCAACUUUUUGAUGAUAUUCUAAUUAUAUGACCAGCACCUGUAAAAUGUAAACAUGUCUGAAGGCUUUAGUCUGAUCUCACUGAUUUAAUUCUGUCAGACUGCUAUCUCUCCUGGUUAGAGGCUUUGGGUUAGGGUUAGGCUAUUUUACAUGCAGUUUUACAACUAACUUCUUCAUCUAUGAUGGUGCAACACAAAAAUAGUUAGCAUUUCAUAAAUUUUAGAUAGCUCUUUCCCAGGGGGAGAAGGUUUCUUCACCAUGGUCUAUCAGAUACGGUAUGAACACAUCCGAAAUGGGCAAUGUCUGAGGAGCAGGGUUGAGAAGCACACUCUUUUAAUCGAUACAGACCUUAACUAAAACAACUGCAAGAAUUAAGGCAAUACAGCAUGUCGUUCAUCCAGAAGAUUAGAUAUUUCUUUAAAAGACAGAUUUCUAGAGUUCAUAUGGCAUUGAGAGGAUUUCUUUGGCGCCGACCAGCAUGUGAGUAAGUUGGAGUCAGCUGUGCCUUUUAUAAAAAUGUUGUUCUUUCCACUUUAUCCUUUCUUUAGCUCACCUGCUAUCAUGUUUUCCAGUGGGGUCACCAUGGAAGGGGUCACUGCUCACAAGAUCAGUAAACACAUCACCUUCCUCGCAAAUGACGUCGCUGGGACUCCCACGGCUAGUGUUUCACCUGCUCACCCUAAACCGAUGCUGCUGUUGCUGCCAUGGCUGGGCUCCAGGCCGCAGGCCAUUGCCAAAUACUGUGAGAUUUACUUUCGCAUGGGCUUUGAUGUGCUCCUAGUGGAAAGUGAGGUGAGCCAGUUCUUGUGGCCCCGCUGGGCGUUGGAGUAUGGUGGUCGUGUGCUGGAAUUAUUAGAGAGUGAGCGCUUCUCACAGCGCCCUCUACUGGUCCAUGCUUUCUCCAUAGGUGCAUAUACGUUUGCUCAGAUGCUCGUUCAUGUGGCCAAAGACACCCAGCGUUACCAAGGCCUGACAAACAGGAUCAAGGGGCACAUCUAUGACAGCCUUGUCAUGGGAUCGCUGGAGCAUAUGGCCAACGGCCUGGGUGAAACUAUAUUUCCCCGGAUGGAAGGUCUCGUGAAGUCAGCUAGCCUUCUGUACUUCCGUGUCUUUAAACACCAGACGGUUGACUACUUCAACUCAUCGAUUAGUGUUUUCUGGAACACUCCUCUGAUGGUGCCUGCUCUUUUCUUCUACUCUGAGAACGAUGCAAUGUGUGAUUACAAGAGCUUGGAGAAGAUGGUGGAGUUCUGGAGGAGCCGCGGCCAAACUGUCGAGAUCAAGAAGUGGAAGGAGUCGGUUCAUGCAGGUCAUCUGCGCGCACACCUUCAGGAUUAUCUGUCCACGCUGGAGUACUUUGUGAAGUCUCUCAACAUGGUGCCUCUAAAAGCCAAAAUGUGAAUUUAGAAGGCCGUCAUCCAUCUCAUUAAAUGAUGUUUUAUUAACAAGGUUCAGGAGGAGCGCGUCAGAUACUUAGCCUAAUCAACACCGGUGGAGCACAAUCAAGUUAAUCAACACCACAGUAUAAAUACAGCUGACUUACCUCUA